AUGGACAGCUGCUUCUAUUUGACGAGGACCGUCCUGCCUCACAUGCGGGAAGCCGGCUAUGGCCGGAGCAUCAACACUGCCGCGGGCGCAAUCUUGCACCCUGAGUCGGGGUUGGGAGUCUAUGCCGCGGCCAACAGUGCGGUUGCGGGCUUCACUCGGAGCACGGCUGUCGAGGCCGGUCCGGGAAGCACGGCAAAUGUCGUAUGUCCUGGGCUGAUAUACGAUGAGUCGACGUAG